AUGAGUGACACCUUAUCCACCCCGACGCCGCCGCAAGACGCCUCGAACCGGCCGAAGCGGCGCAAGAUUGCGGUAGCUUGUGACGAGUGCCGCUCGCGCAAGGUGCGAUGUGACGGCGUUCAACCUGUUUGUGGGCCAUGUGCAAAGAGAGCGGAUAGAGGCGCUCAAUGCAAGUACACAAGCGAGCCGGAGAAGAAGAAGGCAGCACAGGACUAUAUUGCGAGUCUGGAGAAUCGGAUUAGACAUUUAGAAAGUCCGGCUUAUUUUUCUGGGUCCUCAGAAGCUCAUAGCUUCGAGGGGUCUGGUCACCCGUCUGUAUGCUGCAAAUUCCUCUGCCGCUUUCGCGGCGAUCUCUUCGACAAGUCUAACGACUUCGAACAGGCUACAGCCCCGAACAGACCAUUAGGCUCAACAACGAUACCACUUUCUCCAUCCUAUACAUCUAAAGUGUUACCACCGCCUCAGACUAGGAUCUCUUUUCGUGCCGAUCCAGGCCGCUCUCCGUUGUCAGGUUUUCCUGCUGAUAACCAAGGAGGCAACGCCAACUCCCUGCUGAGUGGAGCGAGAGACUUUACUCGCCGUUUCUCUGAACCAUCUGAAUCCACGGACGGAGUGAAUGCCAUGAUGGGCUCUGUGGAAGAGCGGCCUUCACAAGAAUUCUUCGGCAGCUCAAGUGCCGCGAGUUUCAUGCGCCAGAUCAAGACUGCGGUGGACAAGAGAGUCUCCUCUCCAAGUCAACGUACUCCAGAGAUUGCCGCAGAGAGCCGUCCCCGCUCGAGUUUAAUUUCGCCUCAGAAGGAAAGGCAAAGCGCUAUUCAUGACUACGUGCUUCCCCCUCGGAAAAUCGCAGACAAUCUCAUGAACGUGUAUUGGCAUUAUGUCUUUCCUCUGUACCCACUCGUCGAUAGCAUUCGUCUCAGGGAGGAAUACUCACGGAUAUGGACAGGAGAACCCUUGCAAUCCGACGAAAACAUGUUAAUGUGUACCUUCAAUGUCAUCUUCGCUCUUGCCUGCCAACUUGCUGAUUUCAUUGUACCAGAAGAGCGUGAAGCCUCAGCGGCUGCAUUCUUCUCACGUGCCAAAGACCUUUUGCAUUUCAACCUGUGGGACUCGGGGUCGGCUGCCCUAAUCCAGUGCCUGCUACUGAUGGCACAGUAUCUUCAGAGCACCAAUUCAGCCCAUCAGUGCUGGAUUGUUACCGGUCUAGCUGUCCGAAAUGCCCAGAGUAUGGGCUUGCAUUUACCACAGACCAUUGCUUGUCUCCACAGCCCACAAGAACAGCAGUUGGCGCGAAAGAUCUGGCACGGUUGCGUUCUCAUGGACAGAGUAAUCUCAAUGACGUUCGGCCGCCCUGCCAUGAUCUCGAAAGCGUCAUGCGGCUCCGUUCCUCUACCAGCAACCGUCGAUGAGGAGUAUAUCGCAUCAGCCUCGGAGAGUAGUGUAGAACAACCAGCUGACCAGCCAUCUAUUAUGGCAUUCUACGCCAAGUCCCUGGAGCUCUACGAUAUCCUGAACGAUAUCCUUCUGAGUCUCUACAAGCCCGUCGUAGAAGAUAGCCCUGACGAUGUCUAUGAUUUGUACUUCAACAGAGACACGAGCGAAGAUGAACUAACCAUAUUUCAACUCGACCGUGCCCUAACCAGAUGGACGCGCAGUCUUCCGGCCCAUUUGCGCGGUGAGCCCGUCUCGGGAUCGAAUGGUAUAAUCUUCUACCGUCAGAGUGUCGUGCUACGAGCAAGGUUUCUGCAUGUCCGAAUGCUCCUCUUCCGACCAAUCCUCUCCAAGUACUGCAUAGCCCGCGAUCUGCCCUCAGAUCCACUCAUAUCACUCACCGAUUCCUUUCCCCAGAGGGUCGCGCUGCAAUGCUCCAUCAUCUGCGUCAAUGUCGCUCGCGAGGUCAUCGAGUUGAUCCACACUAACAUUCCCUGCGAUGGAACUUCCGGGCCGCUUCCGGCUUGGUGGUAUAAUAUCCUAUUUCUUGUCGCCAGCCGCCUAUGCCCGUCAGUCAUAGAAGAGGUAACUGAAGCAGCCAUCACGCGGUCGUGGAACUGCGCGUUGGAGAUCCUACGAAAAUACCAAAGCUACAGUACCUCCGCUCGGCGAUGCGUGGCCGCACUAGAGAUCCUCUACGAGCGGGCCAUUUCUGAAGCUCCUGCUGGGGAUAUUCCACCGCAGUCGCAAUCUGGCGUAUCCAUGGCCAAUACGAUUGGGGACAUGCCCUUGGGCGAAGGCAUGAAUACAAGUCUUUUGGAAGGCUUUGACUUGCCUGACUUUCAGGAUAUGUCGUGGCUUAAUAGCGUUCCCAGCCAUCUAUACUGA